CGAGCCUUCAGCAGCCCAACUUCGCCGCUCCUGGCCGGCUCCCGAGCGCGACUUGUGAGGCGUGGCUGGGCGGAGGAGGCGCCUUGGGGGGCGUGGGGCUCCCGGGCAGGCGGGAGGGACGGAGUGAGCCGCUCUGGACAAUGAGCUGGGCGGCUCAACGCUGCGACCACUUUUAGGCGCGGGCCGGCUGGUGCCUCCGCGACCCCACCUGCUAGGAGAGGGCGGGAUGCCAGGGCGAGGUGUCCCGGCGCUCUAGGGCCCCUCACAGUCAGACGUCCCCGAACCAGUUCUCGCUGUGACACUAGGCUGCCUGGGGGCUUUGACAGGAACGUGUUUAGUGGCGAGCCCCGGUACAGUCGCGAUGGCCAGCACCAGGAGUAUUGAGCUGGAGCACUUUGAGGAACGGGACAAAAGGCCGAGGCCAGGGUCUCGGAGAGGGGCGCCCAGCUCCUCCGGGGGCAGCAGCAGCUCGGGACCCAAGGGGAAUGGGCUCAUCCCCAGCCCGGCACACAGUGCCCACUGCAGCUUCUACCGCACGCGGACCCUGCAGGCCCUCAGCUCGGAGAAGAAGGCCAAGAAGGCACGCUUCUACCGGAAUGGGGACCGCUACUUCAAGGGCCUGGUGUUUGCCAUCUCCAGCGACCGCUUCCGGUCCUUCGAUGCGCUCCUCAUGGAGCUCACCCGCUCCCUGUCGGACAACGUAAACCUGCCCCAGGGCGUCCGCACAAUCUACACUAUCGACGGCAGCCGGAAGGUCACCAGCCUGGACGAGCUUCUGGAAGGUGAGAGUUACGUGUGUGCAUCCAACGAACCAUUUCGUAAAGUCGAUUACACCAAAAAUAUUAAUCCGAACUGGUCUGUGAACAUCAAGGGUGGGGCAACUCGAUCCUUGGCUGCUACCUCCUCUGUGAAAAGCGAAGUGAAAGAAAGUAAAGAUUUCAUCAAACCCAAGUUAGUGACUGUGAUUCGAAGUGGAGUGAAGCCCAGAAAAGCAGUGCGGAUCCUUCUAAAUAAAAAGACUGCUCAUUCCUUUGAACAGGUCUUAACAGACAUCACUGAAGCCAUUAAACUAGACUCAGGAGUGGUCAAGAGGCUCUGCACACUGGAUGGAAAGCAGGUUACUUGUCUGCAAGACUUUUUUGGUGAUGAUGAUGUUUUUAUUGCGUGCGGACCCGAAAAAUUCCGUUAUGCCCAAGAUGACUUUGUUCUGGACCAUAGUGAAUGCCGUGUCUUGAAGUCAUCUUAUUCUCGUUCUUCAGCUAUUAAAUAUUCUGGAUCCAAAAGCCCUGGGCCCUCUCGACGCAGCAAAUCACCAGCCUCAGUAAAGAGGGGUGGCCUCUACUCCAGUACCUAUUCUGCAGCCAAAUCCCCAGUUAAUGGAACUCCCAGCAGCCAGCUUUCUACUCCUAAAUCUACAAAAUCCUCCAGUUCCUCUCCAACUAGCCCAGGAAGUUACAGAGGAUUAAAGCAGAUUUCUGCACAUGGCGGAUCUUCUUCCAAUGUAAAUGGUGGACCUGAACUUGAUCGUUGCAUGAGUCCUGAAGGUGUGAAUGGAAAUAGGUGCUCUGAAUCCUCAACUCUUCUUGAGAAGUACAGAAUUGGGAAAGUCAUUGGUGAUGGCAAUUUUGCAGUGGUCAAAGAGUGCAUAGAUAGGUCCACUGGAAAGGAGUUUGCCCUGAAGAUUAUAGACAAAGCAAAAUGUUGUGGAAAGGAACACCUCAUUGAGAAUGAAGUGUCAAUCCUGCGCCGAGUGAAACAUCCAAACAUCAUCAUGCUGGUCGAGGAGAUGGAAACAGCUACUGAGCUCUUCCUGGUGAUGGAGUUGGUCAAAGGUGGAGAUCUCUUUGACGCAAUUACCUCCUCAACCAAGUACACGGAGAGAGACGGCAGCGCCAUGGUGUACAACCUUGCCAAUGCCCUCAGGUAUCUUCAUGGCCUCAGCAUCGUGCACAGAGACAUCAAGCCAGAGAACCUCCUGGUGUGUGAAUAUCCUGAUGGAACCAAGUCUUUGAAAUUGGGAGACUUUGGGCUGGCUACUGUGGUAGAAGGACCUUUGUACACAGUCUGUGGCACACCAACUUACGUGGCUCCAGAAAUCAUUGCUGAAACUGGCUAUGGCCUGAAGGUGGACAUUUGGGCAGCAGGCGUGAUCACCUACAUACUGCUGUGUGGAUUCCCACCAUUCCGAAGUGAGAAUAAUCUCCAGGAAGAUCUCUUUGACCAGAUCUUGGCUGGGAAGCUGGAGUUUCCAGCCCCCUACUGGGAUAACAUCACGGACUCAGCAAAGGAAUUAAUCAGUCAUAUGCUUCAGGUAAACGUUGAAGCUCGGUGUACUGCGGGAGAAAUCCUGAGUCACCCCUGGGUGUCAGAUGAUGCCUCCCAGGAAAAUAAUAUGCAAGCUGAGGUAACAGGUAAACUAAAACAGCACUUUAACAAUGCGUUCCCCAAACAGAACAGCACCACUACCGGGGUCUCUGUUAUCAUGAACACGGCUCUAGAUAAGGAGGGGCAGAUUUUCUGCAGCAAGCAUGGUCCAGACAGCAGCAGAGCCGGGCCAGAGCAGACCGCUCCAGCUCCUCCCUCAGCCAAGGGGUCCCGCGGGGCGGCCCUGCCCCAUGACUGUCCCGAGUCUCCCACCCCGCCCUCCCCUCCCGCUGCCCCAGGCUGUGAGCGGGCAGGGACCUGGCGCCGCCACCGGGACUGA